AGGGAGACCGUUGGUCUCUGUCAUCACUACUCGUGAAGAAAAUAACCAUGCCGUUUGCUUCCUCACCGUGAUCUCACACCGGCUUCCCGGGGGACGUUUCCCCCCCUUUGCCGCUUUUGCACGAAGAAGCGGAGCGAGCGGCGUCGCUCCACGGGCCGCACCGGGAGUGAGGGUGUGAUAGGUGUACAGUUGGUGGUUACCAUGGUAAUGGCUAGUGUCAUACAGAAGAUCAUACCUCACUAUUCGCUUGCUCGUUGGCUUCUCUGUAGUGGCAGUUUACGGUGGUAUCAGCAUCCUACGGAAGAAGAACUACGGACUCUUGCAGGGAAACAAAGAGGAAAGACUAAAAAAGAUAGGAAAUAUAAUGGUCAUAUUGAAAACAAACCCUUAACCAUUCCAAAAGACAUUGAUCUUCAUCUGGAAACAAAAUCUGUGACUGAAAGGGAUACUAUCGCAUUGCAUUAUUUUCCGGAAUAUCAGUGGCUGGUGGAUUUCACUGUUGCAGCCACAGUUGUGUAUGUGGUGACAGAAGCCUAUUACAGUGUUGUGAAGCCCUCACAAGAAAUGAAUAUCAGUGUAGUGUGGUGUCUGCUUGUCUUGGCUUUUGCAGUUAAGGUACUGUUUUCAUUGACUACCCACUAUUUCAAAGUUGAGGAUGGAGGCGAAAGAUCAGUCUGUGUUACCUUUGGUUUUUUCUUCUUCGUGAAAGCAAUGGCAAUUCUCAUUGUGACAGAAAACUAUCUAGAGUUUGGACUGGAAUCAGGAUUCUCGAAUUUCUCGGAGAGUGCCAUGCAGUUUCUUGAAAAGCAGGGUUUGGAAUCCCAGGGUCCUGUGUCUAAACUAACCUUCAAAUUGUUCCUGGCUGUUCUGUGUUCACUUAUUGGUGCUUUUUUGACAUUCCCUGGCUUGCGACUGGCUCAAAUGCAUCUGGAUGCUCUGAAUUUAGCAACAGAAAAAAUAACACAAACAUUGCUACAUUUAAACUUCUUGGCACCUUUAUUUAUGGUUCUACUGUGGGUAAAACCAAUCACCAAGGAUUACAUUAUGAACCCACCUUUGGGCAAAGAGAGUGUCCCUUUAAUGUCAGAAGAUACAUUUGACACCAUGAGGUUGUGGAUUAUAAUCCUGCUGUGUGCUUUACGGUUGGCUAUGAUGCGUCACCAUUUACAGGCCUAUCUGAAUUUAGCCCAGAAAAGCGUGGAUCAGAUGAAAAAGGAAGCUGGCAGAAUAAAUAUGGUCGAUUUACAGAAAAUGGUGGCUCGGGUAUUCUAUUAUCUUUGCGUAAUUGCACUGCAGUAUGUUGCACCAUUGGUAAUGCUCCUUCACACAACUCUGCUCUUGAAAACACUAGGUAAUUAUUCUUGGGGUAUCUACCCGGAACUGAAUUCUGACACUCCAGUAGAAAACAGUCCGCUUCCCAGCUCAGUUUAUUCUGAGUCUCCACCUGCUGAUGGAAAGAUGAAAGUAACUGUCGUACAAAUAACAAUGGCUUUGGGAAGCCUAAAGAAUAUUUUCACUCCUCUCCUGUUCCGGGGACUCCUGUCUUUCCUUACCUGGUGGAUUGCUGCUUGCCUCUUUUCUACAAGCCUUUUUGGGCUUUUCUAUCACCAGUACCUGACUGUGGCGUGAACAAGUCAACUGACAGAACAAGUGGGAGGUCAAACACCAGAUACAAACCCAGGUACCCACGAGGAGAUGAAGAGAAAAGAAGAAAACUAUAUAUGAAGAGAAAACAUAUCAGAAUUUUUUUUAAACACUUCCUCUGUGUUCUCAGGGUGAAUAAUCUUAUAAUGCUUAAAAUUGCAACUGGGUUUGUUACUUUUGUUAGCCAAAUGGUAGGUUACUAAUUGGAUUCUAGUAUCAGGACUGACUGAUGUUAUUCUGUGGCAGGUGGUGGUGAGCGUGCUGAAAAGGUGCAACCUCCGAGUAUCUUGGUUUCCAUAAACAGCAAGCCAACCUCAAAACUUUGUGUUUUAAGCAUCAACAGUCAGUGACUGAGCUAUGUUAGAAGGGUACUGGUUAUAGUGAUAGUGGCUGCCUAUCGAUUAAAUCUUGAAACUGAGCCAUACAAUGGAAGGAGAAAGGGGAUUUUAAAAAAAAAUAAUUCUGUUGGAUAGCUGUUGAUCACUUUUCUCCAUGAAAAAUGAAAUAAUCCAACAGGACAAAAGAGAUACUGUAUAUUACAGUAAGGAAAGUUGUAUAAAAUUUAAGUUUAGUAGGAAUAGAUGUAUGGACCUGACAGGUAUUGCUGCCUAAAUACUUUGCAGGAAUGCUUGUUCAGUAAGAGGAAAGUUAUAAAAAUAUUAUUUCAGUCCCUACAGUCAUUUUGACAUAAUGGCCAUCUGUAUUGGUGCUAAUAUUGAUCCACAAAUUCUGUUUGGAUCUCUUAAAUUUCUUCUUUUCAGGAAAUAGUUAAAUUCCAUUGAAUUCACAAAAUAAUAAGGGUAGAUUAGUUACACCUAUCAAACAUUUCAAAACAAAACAGUUCAAUCCUGCUGACUGAGAGUGUAUGUAUCUGUGUAAUGUACAUAUAAAUAUAUAUUAUAUAUUAAAUAUAUAAUAUAUAUGAAGUUAUAAAGUAUGGAAACUUUAUUUUAAAUUACUGAAUGUAUCUUACAGGGCCGUGGGAGAGGGAUGUAUGUGUAUCUAGUAAUUUCAAGAUCACUUUUGGAAUAAAAGUUCAGUUGAAAGGGCUAUUUGUUUUUGGUGCCCCUUCAAAGGUACUUAGCUAUAUUGAAGAACUUAUGCUCUUUUGGAAGAAAAAAAUUCUACUUAAACUGUUAAUCUUGAAAUUUCUGCUCUGUCAGAUCAUCAUCUUUUGCCAGUCUAAUCUGUGUUAACUUGGCCGUAUAGUAUCAACUAAUAUCUCUUGGCUUCAGAAAUGAUUUUUCUGUGUAAUAAAACAGCUAUAGUAAGGAGGAGCAAAGCAUUAACUUUACAAGUUUUGCUUAGCUGGAGAGGUAGAUUCCAAGUAUAAAACCAUUGCAAAACAAAGAAUGAUGACAAUUUUUCAGAUGUUUUGUGUAACUGCAAAACAGGAAUGGGGAUUUAUAUGCAGUAGCAUUUUUUAAAAAGUUAAUAUUACACUUUGCAGAGGUCAGUGGGUUUUUUUUAACUAAUACUAGCUGGUUUUAUGUUACUGUUCUUUUUCUCCUGAAUUUGUGUACAGCUUUGGCAUAUAAUAAGCAUUUAUAAAUGGAAAAGCUUAACUAAAUAUUUAAUACGUAGCAAACCUACCAUAUAGGAAAAUGAAGUGUCAAUGAAUGCAGAAAAUCUAGAAUUUACGCUGGUGAUGAACUGUCUUACCAUGUUGAAUGCCUUUUAAGUUAUUUAUUAGUUUAUUAAAUUACAUUUGCUGAUACUAGGAAAAGAUUUAUGUACACCAGCUAAUACCUACCGCAUGCAUUUGGGAUGUUCGAGAACACCUUGCAUGACUCUGCCCGUUUCGUUGCAGUAUAGUAUUUCAGUGCUACUGGUGCUGCAAGCUUUGUUUUUUCCACACCGACGUUUCAUAACUAAUGGGGACAAAGGCUUACCUGUGCGAACUGGCCUAAAGAAAAAUAUUUGACUUCAUAUAUUCAGAUCUUGAAACAUUCAUUGGAAAUGUCUUUCAGAUUAAUAGAAUGACAAAAUGUGACACGUCCAGUGAUACGGGACCCACUGUCUGUUAGUUUGAGAUGUAUCGUUAUUAACAGGGCCAGCUUUUAAGUUAUAGUUAGGUAUCCAAUGUUAAUGUUUUAUUCAGGAAAAAAUAAAACAAUAUAGUCCAGUUUGAUUCUGAUGGUGAACUUGGCUGAAGAAUCUCACUGUGUAGGAGAUGUAACCUCUUGCAGUCUGAAGGAUAGGAAUAAACUACUGUUAAGUAACAGUUUCUGUUGGCCUAGGCAUUUAUUCUGAAAGCAUGUAAGUAAAAGUGGAGUUGUAUAAUAUUAAUUCAGGAAAAGUAAUUGGUUGUGUGUGUAGCAGAGCUUCUGGCAAGAGCUCGCUCUGUCUUGUUCUACAGAUGUCACGCUGAUCACUGUGAAAAAUAGGCACCUGGACGUUGCUAAUGUUAAGAUCAAUGUUUCUGGCUGUUGCUGUUUCAUUGUUCUGCAGAACUGAAUGGUUGACCUUCUGGUCAGCAGUCUGGUCUGACUGGGAGAUGGGCUUUCUUUGCAUCCGUUUAAUCCUAACAUGAAUCUAGGAGGCAUAUUAAAAUAUAGCAAUAAAUGCCUUUUGAAAUGUGAGGUGAGAGUGAGACUAGAGGGAGCAUAUUGCUGUGGUUGUGAGCAAUGCUUCCUAUAGCUACCCAAUAUGCUCGGAAGUGACUUCUAAAGGAAAGUACCAACCCUGAUAGUCCUGGCUUACAUGUAUAUUAUGUAAGCUUCAGAGGAGCUUCUGCCCACUUCUUCAGUAAGUUCUUUUAAAACAGGAGCUGGCAAAUGCAUAUUUUUUUUUUUUUUUUUUUAUGGAGACCUUUAUCAGCAGCUGGGGGGGUAGGGUGGCAGGCAAAGCAUCUUCCAGAAAUGAAAAAGCAGGUAAAACAUGACUGAGAGGUUAAUAGUUUUUAUUCAGGAUUCUAAAACAUUUUGUCUUGCUUUUUGCCCAUUACUUGCUUAAUUUCUGAGAGAUUUUACAAGGAAAGGCACCUUUGAGAAAUAAUCUAUGUUUCUUUCUUCCUUCCUCAGUUCAGUUUCUUACUCCACUAAUGUGACUUCUUAGCUUGACUCCUUUUUCCUAUCCACAGCUUUUUUUCUACAUGGCCUACACAGUAUUCACUGGGAUAAAUUAGGCCGGCAUUGUAUUUUGAUUUUUCCUGGUUUGGUUUAAAUUAUUUUAGUUCCUUUAAAUAGUUCAAAUAACACUGAAUUCCAGCUGAAAUACGAACAAACUUGUGAACGAUCAUUUAAACACUGCACUUCUAUUAUUAUAGAAGUCCCUUUAGACGAAGUAUGAAGGUAGUGAUAAAUCCAAGUCUUCCAGCAAGUUCAGGGAAGUCCAAACAUAACACUUGGGCUACUUCUGAGCUUAGAAAAGUUGAUUAGAAAAGGAGAAUGGAUUAUAGCAAGCAGAUUCUUCCAUUUUGCAGGUGAUCUUCUCAGGCAGCACUUGCCCUCUUUUCAUACUUUCUCAAGCUAUAGGAUUUGCUAGCUUUUGAGGUAUUCUUAUCUACACAGUUUUUCCUCUUCUAGACUUCUCUUGCAUAAGAAUCAACAGAUAAAGUAGUGGCAGAAAACCAGAUAGUAUCAGAACAAGAGAACAUCCUUGUAUAGAAGGUCAUGCUUUAGAAAAUUAUUUUCUGUGGCAGUUCUUCACCUUCUUUGAGUUGCAGGUAUGGGAGCAACUGUGAAUAGAGAUAUGUGCUUACCUGGGUUGUAAAGGCAAACUCGCUUACAAACAAAAAUGACACCAAGAUAUAUCAACAAUUAGGUAGCAUAACCUUACUGUAUAAAAUAGUAAGUACAGAAAUUUCAACUAUCGUCAAAGGAACAAUUGAAAGUUUUGUGUUUUGUCAUAGUAACUACAGCUAAAUGGUAAUGGGAGCUCUUGGAUUUACCACAUAGAAAAUUUAAAUUAUCUAAUCUUAAAGCCAUUGGAAGGCUCUAUGAGGCAAAAGGCCUUAUGCCUCGUUAUUUUCAAAGGCCUUUGUUUUACUUCUGAACAUUAGCUUUUUUCUCCAGUAACGAUUUUGGACAGUUUUUAAAUGCUAUGCUUCAUGUUUUGUCAUUUGACACAAGUUAUGCAUUUACUUGUUAGCCACAAAAAUUCUCGACUUAACCCCACAGUUCAUUUUGUCAUUACAGAAAGGUUUAGUUAAGAUGGAAGAAUUAAGUGCGUGGUGAAAAUGGAAACGUUGAAUAAAAAUGAGGCCAAAGAAAAUUGUGUGCUCUCUUGAAGAAAUCUUUGUUACAGCUGAGCAAAAUCUUAAUAGAGGAAGGCAACAGCAUGUCACUUAUAUCGUAUAUCAAAUAUUAAAGGUGAACGUUUACCAUUAUGUGUAAAUAAGACUGUUAUUUUCACCAUCUGCAGCCUAAAUCAUAAAUCCCAAAUGGUAAACUAAAAGCAAUAUUUCAACCUCGCUGAUAUUUACCCUAAAGAGCGCCUAGGCAGCAAGUAUUGAAGCCAAGUGGCUGAUUUAGUUAAGCAAGCUGAUGCAGAGUAGUCAGUCUGUGUCGAAGUGAUAUUUUUUUUUUUGGUGCAGCUCCUUUAGGAAGGUCUGCCGUGCUUCGUGGCUUUGGCAGCGCGCGCACUGGAGUGGAUGGCAUGUCUAAUCUCCACCCCCAAUACUAGGCUGAAAGGUCUCCCUCUGUGGGAGAGAUCGUGAGGCCAAGAUAUUAUUUCAAGGCUGCUUUUACUGACAUCUGUAUAUGCUGCACUUAACUUUCUUCAGGUCCCUCACUGUGGACUGACGGGAGAGUAAUGCUGCACUGGACACUGCGUGCCAGUGUAUAUGUAUUUUUAUAACUUUUAUUUCAAUGGCGUUUUUAAUGGAAAUUAUUUUUGAUUCUGAUACCAUGGAUCAUCUUUUAAUUUUCUUAAUUGAUAUCAGUGCCUGCAACUAGAAGUCAAAUACUUUUCAAACUUGAUGUCCAGGCUGAAGUAUUAAUGAGUAUGCAGUUUUAUAUUGAAGUGUGAAAUCCACCUGUAAAUACCAAACUUUUUCCAUAUGCGAUGACACAUCAGUCAAGAAUCCUUAUUUGGAUUUGCAGCAUUUUUUUCAACAACAUGCUAUCCGUAUGACUCUGCUAUUUAUAAAACACACACCUUGGUAGGGUUUUGAGAGUAGCCUUUUAUAAACUCCUUAGGAGUAGGCCACUUCUAUUUAUUUUAUGAUGCUGCUGAGUAUUUUUUAAAACCUGGCUUAAAAUAUCUUGUGCUUAAAGUCAACCUUGUUCUCGUUUCCUCUGUUCAUUGUAAUUCUGCUUCCUUUCUAUGUCUGAGCUGCAAGAAUGCAUAUUUAUAGAAUUUUUGAUAAAAACCUAGGAGGAAGAAAAAUGCACCAAAAUUUUUUUUCAUAAGUACAGUUCAUACUCAUGAUGUGCCAACAAACAGUUUUUAUUUUUCCUGUCUUCAAUUAUUCCCUUGUCCUGUUGUUAACAACCUUGCACACUUUUAGUAUGUGAGGUUUUCUAGGAAUAAUACACGUGGGGAAAUGCUGUGUAAUAGCAAUCGCGGGAAACUUUGUCUAAUGUUUCAGUCUUCCCAUUUAUGUGAGCCAAUAUUCAUGUAAAGAUGCUAUUAAAUAAUUUAAGCCUAAAAUUUCUCAUAUGAUAGACUUGUUAAAAGUUGCACGGGGAACAUCCUCCAAGUUGUAAAUAUUUUACUUUAAAUAUAUCGCUUUGUUGCUGGGAUCACACAUACAUUCCCGGUUGUUCUGUUAAUAGUCUUUUUUGUCUUUUUAAGUUAAAAGCUUGUAAUAUGGCCUAUUCUAGACCAAACCUGAGAUCAAAAGACUUCCCUCUUGUCAUUUCAGUAUUUGCCAAAUGGGAAAGACUCUGAUGUUAGUUAUGUAAAUUCCAGCUUCCUCUUACCACUGAAUUACUCCUAAAAUAAUGAUUUGUACAGUUACAGCUUUAGAAGUUUUAAGACCGUCAUGCUUCACAGUGUAGAUGAUGUCAGAUGGCUGUAGCAUUACAUUGGCCUGUCCUGGCUGGUGUUGCGUCACCUGCUGUUUCAAAACAGUCUCGUUUGCUUUAUGCUUUAGAGAUAAGGGCUCAGUGAACAGGGGAGCACAGCACGUGUUGGAGAAGCUGGGGAGUUGCUCUAUUUCAGGUUUGGGUUUUGUGGGCAUUUGUUGGCUUUCUUUUUUUUUUUAAGCCAGUGGGGAUAAUACUUAGGUGCAAUUACUACAAAUAAUAAGCAACCUACAGUAACAUUUCAUUCUUUUUGUACCCUGUGGACUAAAGUGCCUAAACAUGAGUGGUCUGUACAAGACGUGCUUUAAAUUGGUUCUGUGUACGUUUGUAGUUAUUUUGCUACAUAAUAGAAGGUUAACUUCUGGAAAGGUAUUGCAAAGAAUGCUAGCCCUAAAAAUGGGGUUUGCUGUAAAAUUAUUGUUCCCUUACAGUUUUAGUAUGUAGAAUGUCUGUGUGUGUUUAUGAGCUUUUAUACUUUGGAGGCAAAUAAGAUUUUGAAGAAAUCUUUUCCAUUCGUAUUGCUUUAACAAUCAUCUAAUAGCUUUGCCCACUGCCUGCCUGGUAACGCAACACCCCACUGCCACCUAUGCAUUCAGUUUUGUUUUUUUUUAUGACUGAGGGAAAGAACCUCAGCAAUUCUGAAGGGUUUGACUUCAACAAAGUUUUGCAGUGGCACCCUGGGUGUAACUUAUGCCCCGAUUGCGUAGGCACAGGGGUGACCCCGGCGAGGUAAGUGGUUCUGUAUGAGCUCAGAGACCGCACCGGAGUUCACCACAUCCGCAUAGGUCUGGGGCACGGAGAGUAUGGAAGAGCUGGGUUGUAGCGUGGCUGGCUGGCACUGAGCAAAGCGGGUCAAAACAGGCACGAGCUACACCUUGUACCAGAUUUGCAGGAUGCUGUUAGGGUAUCGAAUAGCAAAACCACCCUUACCUUCUAAUUCCUUCCUCACCUGUGAGACCAGCAUGAGCUGAAGGUGAAACCUGCCUGGUUGGGUUGAGCAGGGAAAUGGGAAAGCGGGGAAACAGCAGGUGCCCACUCUUGAGUUCAUUACGUGCUCUAAAUGUGAAGUGCUUGUAAGUUGAGAUGGUGUUGCUGAUUCAAAUCUACCAAAGGAAGCCGUCCUCUGAGGAAGGCUUAUAAAAGCAUUUUGAGCUUUUAGCUCUAAAAAGUGGCUGUAGCAAUCUGUACUGUAUAUAGUACACUGUCGGGGAAAACUUGCUCCAGUAAGCUUACUAAAGAUGUCCUUACACUAUGUGUAAGAAAUUACAUUGCUUUCUUUUACUGUAGAGCAUUUAAGAAGCUGGUUGUGUCUUGCUUAAUGUUACCGUGUAUCAGGCAGCAUUUUGUUGAUGUGAAAAUACUAAGAAUUUGUUGCCUAAAUAUCUGAAUUCCUUUAACACAAGUAAAUUUUGCAAAAUAAGGUUAUACUUUCUUACUCCCCAUUCCUCCCCUUGAAAUGUAUAAUUUCACUUUGUUUUUAUAAUGCACACAUUAUUUAAAUUAAACUUAUAUCUAUUAGUUGCUAAUGGUAAUGCCACAGCAAAUCUAAGAGAAACUGUGAUAUCUGCUGUAUAUCAAGUGCCCCAUCAACCUGCUUGCCUUUGUAAAGCGUUGAUCCGUGUUAGACAUUUAAUGUCUACUGCAGUGAUGCUCACAUAGUAUUUUAGUAUCCCUACAUGUACUCUGCAUGCCUUGCGUUUGUGCAUGGUAAAAGGAUAGACUGUUUUACAGAACUUAGUCUAGGUUGAAAAAACCCUUCCAUUAUUUUAUAUAGUCUUUCACUUAUCUAAAAUAGGACAAUUUCUAAAGCCAAAGUUCAAUAAAUGUUCAUUGUCUAUCAGUGUGAUUUUUUUUUUCCCAUUUUGUAUGAUACAUCCCACUUGUUAUCAACUUGUGCAAAAUACCCAGGUUUGCCAAAGAACGUGUGGUAACCAGACAUUUUCCUACUUUCUGUGCUAGCCCAAAUAGUUUCUUUUUUACAAAUAAUUGAGCAGGCUGUUUAUUCCCCUCCUUGUUUGGGGUGCAGCAGAAUAAACAAUUUUCUAGUAUAAAUGCAGACAAUAUCUUAGGCACAUUAACACCUGUUUACCCACAAAGAACCACUUACAGAUUCAAUAUAAAUUUUUUAAUUUCUGAGUGUUUCAGAAUUAAAAUUUGGUAACAGUUUAACUUCCUGGGAGAAAGAUUGGCUGUACACCAUGGUUUGUGGUGGAAAUUCUGAGUGUCCCAGUUCACUCACAGGAUUUAUCACCUUCUUGACCGUCACCCUUCCUCAUAGGAAACCACUUUAAAAGGUGUUGUAAUUCCUGUCUUAAUGUGUUUAAAACACGUGUUUAAAAACAACUGUGGUCUUUGUUUCAUCCCAACAGUACUAAGAAUGAAUAUACUUAAAGUAGUAACCUAUAACCUUUGGGGUCUUUUUUAAUUUGAUUUUUGGAAUAUCAGAUUUGGUUAUGCAUGGAUUUUCUUUCCAUGUUUCCAGCACGUACUGGUGAACGAUGCCAAAGCUGCCCAGGCAGUUCUGCAGGAGUGAAAAAAAAUAAAUCCUUGAGAAAGCAGCCUUCUUUAACCUACAACCAAAGUGGUACCAAAGACUCCUUCAGUUAUAAAGGACAGCCCUGUUGCAGAGAACAAAAAUGCCCCACAGUCCCUAGGGAGAGCCAGUCUUGGCUUUCGGGGUGGGGAUUUGAAAGUGUACAAGGCGUUUGAGCUGUGGGACCCCCUCGGAAAGCGAUCAACCUGUCUCGGAUGAUAGUGUGAGUUUAAAGUCACGGUUGGGAGGAAGGUAACGAGCUAUGGUGGGAGAUGUGUUUGUGUCUCAGAAGCCACCUCAGCCUUCUGCUUUCUUCGUGCAGCCUGAAGCUUGAGACUGCCGUGGGACUCUACAAUCCCCAAGACUUUGUGGUAGAAUGGGUGUCUAGCCUGGCAUGUUCUUCCCAACAGUCGUUAAGGUCCAUACUUCUCCUUCGGAUAAUGUGUUGAUGCUAGUUUGCUACUGCAAGUUGAUCAGUGGGUGCUGACACAGUGUAGGUGUUCCUCAAGAUAUUUUCUAGGCUAGGUUUCUGCGUCCCACAACGUUUGUUGUGUUUAUUUAACCUUCAGCAGGACUUUGGCUGGAGCCAUACUGAACACAAUCGGCUUACUUGGGUUGUUCGCUCUGCAGUAUCUUUUCCACCUGUGAAGUGUUCACGUGCUGCAGAGCUCAGACAGCUGAGCAGCGCCCUGGAAAAAUCAUCCAUCCCUCUGCUAGCCACAGCCUUGACUGCCACAAAGGUGCGUGCUCUGCUCUUCCAGCUCUUCGCGUUCAUCCGCUCUGCAGCAAGAAACUCCUGUGAAAGCUUUGACAGCAUGUUCCUGGAGCGAGCCAUUUAUUUCAAGGGUUAUAUGAAGUCUUGCUUCUGAACCCGUCAGGUUCCUGCUCGAAAGCUCCACUGAUUUAAAAGGUGUUCAGCCAGGAAAACCAGCAAAGCUGAUCUCUGCUGUAAAGCACAAGCAUGUGUGAUUCAGUGCAAUAGCCUAGGGACCAUCCAGCUUUUGGCAACGUUGAUUUUAGCAGAGUAUGUUCUGUGUAGGGAAGGCCUGGAAGCGUUCUCCAGCCAAGAGGGCAGGUGUUUGGUGCCUGUCCCGUGCUAGCCGGUCUGGGCAGGGCUGAGAGAAUAUAGAUGUUACUGGCUUGAUUCAGGUUUUAUGAAGAAUCUUCAAAGAAGAUACAACAGAAUUAUUUGCUUGCCUGCUUAGUAGACAGGAUAUUAACUGGAGGACUGCAAAAGGGAUGCAGCACAGACUGGGAGAUCACUCUUACAGAGGAAUAUUGUUUCCCUCUAAAUCUACAUUAAAAAAUAGAAAGUGAUUUGUUAUACUUGCUCAGGAGUCAAUCCUGGGGUAUUUUCUGCUUCUAACAGUAUCUGAGUGUUUAAAGAGGUCUCUGAAAUACAGUUUGAGGUUUACUGUUUUGCUUUCCCGUUUGCAGCCCUGAUGGGUCUGGGGGAAAGGCAGCUUCUCAGUUUGGGGCUGCUUUGUAAUUCUGUCUCUAUUGAAAACUGAAAGGGAAAGAAAGCAUCCUUCUCUGAGUUACAAGAUUCACAAGCUACUUUCAGUGAUUCUGGGUGACCAACCCAUGCCCAUGUUCUUCCCACCUGUCAGAUUUGGAAUCAAUUUUUCAGUCAAUACAGAACUUGUGUGAUUUCCUGAAAUGCUCAUUUUUACAGAUGUGUAAUGUGAAGCAGUUGUGUGUAGGUCAGAAAUGAAAAGAAUACAGGCUUUUAGUUGGAGCUAGAUGUAUCUGAUCUUUCAGGAUCACAGAUACCCAGUUGCUUCCCAUUCUUGUGGGUUAUACUGGGAAUAGGGCAUACCUGCAAGUUUGGUCCUGAAAUCCAGUUUUCUUCCUUCCAUGAGCACGUGCUAUUCCACUCCUACUCUGUUUUUGGUAUCAGCCUGAUUCGAACAGUAAAAUAUAAAGCCUUCAGUCCAAAUAUGUGUCUUGUCCAGAUUGCCAGUUCCCCUGCCUUCUCGUUCACGGAUUGGGAUUGAGCCGUUGCUGUCAUCUGCCAGGCAGCACAAGCUCAGAGAAGUGGGGAAGGGAGCGUGUGGGGGCAUGGCAGAGUCAUUUAUCAAGGAAUUCGGGCUGCAGUUUACAGAAUGAAAGACACAGGAAGCCGUUGGGUCUGGACAGGGAUUUGCUGGCCGCAGGGAACUACAAUGUGGUGAUUUGGCAGUUUGAUGUACGCUGCCCAAAAACCAUCUGGGAGUUGGGGAGUGACCGACUCAGGUUAAAAAGCAAAAGGGGUGAGUUGGAGAUUACCUUCUGUAGUGCAGGACGAGCAGGACCAAUGCCAUAAAACUGCAGGGUGAGGUGAUAUGCGUUGUUGUUUUUCCUGUGAAAACCUGGGAAAGCUGUGGAGGGUUUAAGGACUAGAAAAAUGACUUUUUAUGAGAAAAGUAAAAUGAACUUUGCAGACUAUCAAGGGAAGAUUCAGAUGUUAAAGUACCUUAAUGUGGAACAAAAACUGCAUAGAGAAGGACUCUAAUCUUACAGGAAGACAGAACAGGAACCAGAGUCUGGAACCUGACACUAGAUAAAUUAUAGUAGCAGAAAAUGUGGUUUUAACAGAGUCACUAACUGCUUUACAAACUGAAGUGGCGAAUUCUGCACUGGGUUGUCGUCAACCAUCCUCUCUAUAAGCUGUGGUGGGUGGGCAAGUUACUGCUCUCAAUACAAGGACAAUCAACAAAAAGUAAAAGAAUCGGGACAAAAAAGCUAAACCACUGUUUAAUUCAGUUUUAUUCUAAAGAUUCCAGUUUUGGAGCUUCUGGAUUGGCACUGCUGUGGCUGAUUGCCGCAUGACUAGGAGGAAGUGUACAAUCUUAAUUUCUUUAGCCCAGGCUAUGUGUAGCCAUUUAUAUUGGAUAGGUUUUAAUGCCUUUGAAAGGUUCUAAGUGGUGAAAGAUUUUAAAAUUGUUUUGCUCAUAUCUAGAAAAAAGGUAGUGUAAAUUUGGAAAUUAAAUAUAAAGUAAGGAAAUGUAAGUGCUGUAUUCUGUCUUUCUAGAGGCAUAAUGAUAUCUUAGAAAAUGAAACUUUCUCUGGAAAUUAUUUUUCUAAAAGAUGCCAAAUUGAACUCCAUGGCAAGAGUGGAGUCAGAGUAUCACUCUUACAAAGUUAGAAUAGUAAGUCUUCAGCACUUGAACUUCUAGUUCUGAUGCUACAAUUCUAUGGUUGUUACUUCUCAGCUGAAAAUAGAGCAGAUGAGUUCCUUAGGUAAGCAUCUUGAUGAGAGAUCAAGAACUGGCACUCAGAUUUUAGUUCAAGAUUUGGCUCUGCAAGCAGCAGAAGUUGUUGGCAGGAGCAGGGUUGCUGUUGCACUCACUGGCUUCAAGUCUGAGCUGGCAAUUUCAGGUUCCACUUCUCUUAAAUGCCUAGAGGUAAGAACCAUUUUGUUCUUCUCCUCUGUGUAUUAUUAUCAAUAUUAUUCAAUUUUUGGUGGUUUGUUAUUGAGACUUUUGUACUACUGUCAAGAAACUCUACUUUGGAGACAUAUCCUUCCCCUGCAACUCCAUCUUCUCAUCAGAACCUUCUUUGAGAAAGAGAUGCCUGAUGGUGGUAGUUCAAGCAAGCUGUUGCAGUUUGUUUAGGAUGUUUCAGUAGGAAUUCAGAGGUUUCUGUUCUCAAAGUCUUCAUAAGCUGGAUUGGAGACUCUCUCCCUUAGCAGCAUCUAUAUUCUGUUAAACUUCUUAAUCACAGAUACUGUUUUUUCUUUCCUAUCCUAGUUUUCACUGCGGAGUCUGCUCUCUAGAGCACAGUUUUUAGCUGAGGGGUGUUUUCAGCGGAGCAGCCUCCGCAGGUGCUGGCCGCGUCCCCACCUGGGGUUUCACCCUCGGCCAGCCUGGGCACACGCUUCCCAUCCAUCUCUCUGCAUCCCAUACUCCUGUCUCCCCCUCGCCCACAGAGAGCGACACCAGGCGCGGGCAUUCCCCCACCUAUCUGUAGUUACAGGCUGAGCCAGUUAUGACUUGUUCAGACUGCUAAUGUGCUCCUGGUCUUUUUUCCUCCGGCCCUUGACUGCAAGCCCAGUUCCUUCAACCCUCACAGAUGAUCGCCUCCCAAGCGUUAAGACAGCCCUAUUAAUGUAUUUUACAAUUAACUCUGCCUCUUUUUUUGCAACAAUUUUGCAACACUGGUUCUUACCUGGAUAUUUGAUAAUUCCCAAAUUAUUUUAUGUAGUACUGUUGCAAGACAAGUAUUUACUGUUUUUGCGUGUAAACUUUUUUUUUAAUCAAGUGUAGUUCUUGGCCCUUUGUGUUUCUUUUUUUUUAAUAUUUUAGACCAUUCCUCCAAUGUAUUAAAGUUACUUUAAAUUCAGAGCAAUUGUACCUUGGGUCUGUUAGAUUUAUUAUGUGUUUUCUAGGCAAACAUACUAAGGCCAUACAAUAGUAGAAUCUUAGAAUAGUUUGGGUUGGAAGGGACCUUUAAAGGUCAUCUAGUCCAACCCCCAGGAUGCUAAGGGAAAUAUUGAAGCAUAUUGUUCUCAUAGGAAUGUGCACACACACGCAUUACCUAGGUUUACAUGUAUGUGUUUUUGUAUACAAACACCGUCCCCAUCACACAUGUCCUGUCUAACAGUGAAAUGCUCAUAUUAGUUCUUCUGUGUUGUGUCAUAACUGACAUGUACGUGCUUCAUACUCUUAAUCCAUCUAUUCUAGCUGGCUUAUGAAAAUUUCCUGCUGGAUUGCCUCAAAGACCUUAAUAAAGGCAAGACAGAUAGCAUCUCUUACUUUCCCCUUUCUCGUCAGGCCAGUUGUGUGAAAGAAGGAAAUUAGAUGGGUUUGACAUGAUCUGUCCUUGGGAGGCCUGUGUUAGCUUUCCUUAUCGCUUCGCCCUCUCAGAGUUUACAAAUUGAUUAGGAAUCUGGGGUUUUUGUCUGGGUGUUGAAGUUAGUUUGGGUGGUUUAAUAACCCCAGUUACCCCACACUUUCUGUAAGUGGAUGUCGUAUUUCCCUGUCUUCAGCCCCAUGAAACUUGUUGCCCUCCAUGACCUUUUUGGGGCUGGUCAAUAACCGUGUGGUGACAUUUUUGGGCCAUGCAGUAAAUACUCCAGUGACCUUCCUCAAGCACUCCUGAUUAAAUAUAUCUAACUUUUCUUAAUAUUCAGUAGUGUCUUCUUUCUGUAUUCUGGCCUGCCAUUGUGAAAAAUACACAAAACAGGAGCAUUCGAGCAGCUUAUUUGUUUAAUUUCCCCAUUAAGUAAUAGGUAGCUAUUUAUUUUCCUUCUUCUUUCCAUUGUCCCUUAGAUAUUUUUAGCUUUCUGUCACUGUCUGUCUCUCUAUCGUAGAUUUUUUUUUUUUUAAUUCUUCCUUUUAUUUGUGUGCUGCUGUUUGGCUGUUUUUCUUGUGAGUUUGGUUGUGAAAGAAAUCCAGCUUUCUUGCUCUGGCUCCUCUCCUCCUUCCAUAGUACUGUUGUUUAUCAUCUCUCUUUAUUCUUACUGGAGAACUCACUUUUCUUACGUGUUUUAUAGAAUGAGUUGUUGCAAGAGUUGAAACAUACUUAAGUAACCCCACAGCAUAAAUUUAUCCUAGGGGGAAAGCAGUUAAAGUCCAGCUUUGCUGCCUUUCAUGAAAACCUCCAGCCUCUCUCAGCUCCACAAGUUCCUGACGUUUGCAUCUGUACAAAACAAAGUUACUCUGAACUCACAAAAAAGUUUUCUUAUUACAGAAUUUAUAGUUGCUUUCAGCAGGAUGGUCUUUAUUUUUAGCAGAUUUUGAUUAAUAUGAUGCUUUCCGUCUGUGUUCUCUUAAUUUCCCAGUCAACGCAAAACACUUGUAGGCAUUUUGUCUCCGUUGCAGAGCUGUAGCAAAGAAGGAAGUAACCUUCUGUGGAAGGCAUUAAAUAGAAAUAAAUAUGCCCAAAGUCAGCUGUUGAUGUCUCUGAUGCAGACCUAUGUUAAACAGAACAGCUCUUCAGCAGGGCAGGAAGAAGGGCCCUGAAAGUUGGCUUACUCGCUUAAGUGGAUUUAGUAGUAUUUCUGCUUUUUAACAAAAAAAUUAGGUUAUGUUAACAUCACUCUGAAAUACUGCGAAAUAAGUUUUGAAGGGCAUGUGCUGCAUAUAUAAAAUGUAUUUCUUCAGAUUUUAUUUAGUCUCUGCAAUUCUGUUUUUACUUCCAUCUUCUGUUUCCUUUGAUUCAACUGCAUAAAAGUAUAAAGGGUUUAUUUUUUGCGAGCUCAUUGCUGGGAGAGGGAUAUUAUAUCUGAGAAAAUGACUGUGCUAGGCUUUUCAAAUACAAAUGUUUCAUAUACUUAAUAAAAAAUAAAAUUGUCAAAAUACUGAAAGAAA